AUGAAAAAUGUGUUGAUUGAACUAAGGAAAAAUCCAUUGAUUAAAAUCACUGGUGACAAUCUUGACAUGAAGGUGAAGACAGGAAGCCAAGCAGUAGACAACCCACACAAAGAUCACCAUUUUUUCGUCUCGAAUGUGAUUUUCAGUAGGAUUGCAAAACCAGACAUGAGUAAUAAAUCUCCAACACCAUUCGAUGGUAAGGAUAUCGAACCAGAAGGUUUCAUUCCUCAUGGCGAACACAAGAGACGACUCGAGUAUGCCUAUGAAAUAAUUCUUGCACGAAUUAUAUCCACAUUACCGGCUUUCUCCUGGAUGAAAGAAUUGCUGCCUAAACACAUUCACCACGCUUACUCCGCAAAGAUGUGCCAGAAAUCCAAGGUUUUCCAGCUGCCAUUACAGUUUCGAGAUGAGAAAAAGCAUGAUGAGUGUCUCUGCAUUUUGGACGAGUGGCAGGAAACUCUUCAAUCCAUGUAUGAUGAAGUAUAUGGCUCUGCUGAUUUGCUCCAUGAAUGCAAGGUAGUGAUUGGCGGUGAUCAGUUGACAAGAGUGAGGCUACAAGAAGCAAAGCAAUUGCGCAUGCUGUCACCUUCACCUAAGAAGAGAUUGGUUGAUUUGCACCCUGUUGUAACAGAGAUGUGGCAUGUAAAACAGGACCUUCUUGAGAAAGCCUACAAAGAAUUAUUUCGAUCAGCAUCACUGAGACAGCCUGGAACACUGUACUUCUUCAAAUCUAGAUUGCAGAAAACUGAUGUAAACGGCAAAGUGAAGAGUAGAUUCCAGCAGCAUUAUGAUCUGCUGCAAACAGUGUUUCAUCACUUAGUAAUCGAACAAGCUUUAGAGUACUUUAGAAUGGAGAAUCGUGAGUCAGAACCACUUACGAACCAAUCAGAUAUAAAAGCCAGAAACAUACACGACAUCAUGUCAGGAUUCAUGAAACAUUAUGGUUACCUCAAUUUCUCUCUUCCUAAGACAGAAAUGCUUCAAGAAUCCAAAGUGGAUUACCGAAUAGUAGGAAAAAGUGAAUCAGGUAACAUUGUUGUAAUCCCAGAAGUGACUGUCCCAGCCUUUUCUCCAGGUGCCGAGUCAGAACUUGAAGAAGACAACAUGUUCAAUUAUAGCAUGAACCUGUGUCAUUGGGCAUUACACCUCGAAGAAUUGAGUGACACUGCAAGAGAAGGGGACAUCGAAAGAGUUAUUCCAAAUGCAAUGUGCAGCUUAGCAUUAUUCUAUUCUCAUUCAAAACUAAGCAAGUACUUUGUGGAAAAUUUGGAUUACAUCUUGAAAUGUGAACAUCUGUUGUCACCUAUGCAACGAAUCCGUGUUCUUGAAGGAUCUUUCGUAAACAAAAGAGGUGGGAAAGGAAAAAAUGUUGAAGCGGAUCUAGUACAAGAGCACUCGGUCAGAAAUCAAAAGACUCCAAUUAAAAAUCUUGGGUCUAAUAAGACAGAGAAGGCAAUACUGCGUGCGACAAGAGGUGCUGAUACGAUAUCUGACAUUUUGAAUGGACUUGACAAAAACUUAAACCUGACAGAAGAAAGCUGUAGACAUCGCUGUCGCAUUUCUGUUAAGGAUGAGGAAAUCAUUAAGAAAACACUGCGAGCUGUGAGACCAUUCAAUAAAACAACUGGACGAGAAUGUAUGGGAUAUAAAUCUAUCAAGCAAUCACCUGUCGACAAAAUUAAUAAGGACGAGUUUCGUGAAUCGGUUAAAACAGUGCUGAGUAGACUUGCAUACAAUGCUAGUAUUCCAAAUGAAGAUGAUGAUAGUUCCGAUUCAAAUGAUGACAGUAGUGAUGAUGAAAUGUUUGAGAAUGUGUAA